AUUAAGCCAAGUAAUUGAUUUUUUUUAAUUCAUUUUUUUAGAUGAACUCUAAAGCUGAAGAUGCACCAUCAUUUCCAGGGGCUCCGAUCAUGAAUUCACCAGUGACCGGUCCUGCACAUCCACCACCAUCAAAAGGAUUUGCCCCUCCACCAAUGACCAGACCUCCCAACGGAUAUGGCCCUCUGCCCUUCGCUGGGCAUCCUCUACCUGUCCCAGGCCCUCGCUACAGACCUCCACAUCCAGUUAGAGGACCCUAUGGUCGCAUGCUAUAUGGGCCUGCUCCGCCCUGGAGUGGUUGUGGACCACCUCCACCGCACAGAGACUAUUGGCCAGGACCUCCCCCUCCAUUUGGCUUAAGGGAUUUUGCACCUGGAAUGAGAGACUUGCCCUCUGGUUUUCCACCACCACAUGGACCUUGGGACUAUCCCUUUCCACCCAAAAACAUGCUUCCUGGGACUGUUCCUCCACCAGGCAUGAGAGACUAUCCAGGCCCACAAGGUCCACCACCACAGAUGGGUCCCAGAGACUUCAAAGCAGGCCCCCCAGUACCACAACAGAUGAGCCCAAGGGACUAUCCUCCAGGCCCUAGUUUGCCACCACAACAGAUGCAACCCGGAGACUUCUCAAAUUCACAGAAUGGGCCAUAAAUUUCACCUAAUGGUGGUAUUUUA